AACUUUGUGGAGGUGAAACCACUACCGUCCAAAGAUUGUGAGCAAAUCAUCCGAACACUGAUGGAAAGGUCCAACCGGAAAGUUACAUACGAGCAAUGGAAACUCAUCAUGAAAGCUUUUGAAAGUUGUACACUUCCGCUUUUUGUGACCUUGACCUAUCAACAGGUCACUGAUUGGUGUUCCUACGACAACAUUCCACCAGGGACCUUAAUGACGACGAUUGAGGCGUCCAUUGUGAAACUUUUUGAGCGAAUGGAACAGAAACAUGGUAAAGUGUUUGUUUCAAAAGCUUUCGGAUACAUUACAGCAGCUCGGAAUGGGUUGAGCGAAAUGGAACUAGAGGAUAUUUUAUCUCUGGACGAUGAAGUCUUAAAUAGUGUUUUUGUGUUAUGGGUUCCACCUAUCCGACGUCUCCCUCCUAGCUUAUGGUCACGCCUACGACUGGAUAUGUGUCCGUUUUUGGUGGAACGGGAAUCGGAUGGCAUCUCCGUUUUGUCUUGGUAUCAUCAACAGUUUGUAAACGUAGUGACGGAGAGGUAUCUAGAUUACAUGGACGCCAUUAAAAUCCAUCAUAUUAUUGAGGAAUACUACAUGGGAACCUGGGAAUCUCUGCCAAAAUCCUUCCAAUAUUCUCCCCUU